AUGUCACCACAUAUGUACAUGAUGGCAAUUUUGUCCUCGCCAGCCACCCUGGCUGUUUUUACUUUUCUUUUGUGCAACCUGCAUAACUGCUAUUCCGGGAGUUGGGCAAUGGCGGCAGAACGUUUGGAGACAGUAUCGGGUAUCGGCAGCGGGAGCGAUGGCCGCCAUGCAGCAUCGGCGGUCCCACGCUCAGCCAUCCUGGCCGAAGCGGAACAGCAACAUACGCUAGUUCCUGUUCACCUAAGGAGAUCAAAGAGAACUAGUCUCACGAAGAGAAGCACAGCGUUGUCACGUCGUACAAAGACGAUGAUCGCGGCCAAAGUAGUCCUUUCCCUGGUAGCUAUCUUGGGACUGCUGGUGGCUUCUGUCAAGCUACAGCAAUGUCGGCGAAGUUUGCCAGAAUCCCCUAGCAGGGAAGCUGAAGGAAUCACAGGAAGGCGGCUUGCAGAAGGCGGCGGUGACGACGAAAAAUGUGUAAGCGUGGUACCGUCAUCAGCACUGUGA